GCUUCAUCCAGGAAGAGCGCUGCAGAAAGUGGGAAAACGUUUUGGCAACGUGAGCCGUGAAGUGUUUUUCUCCGCUAUAGUUCAGCUUUAAAAGUGAGUGAAGGUCGGGAAAUAUAAACAGCUACGGGCUGACCACCAUAAGGGGCUCAGUAAUGGCUCUGAAUAAGUCCAUGCAUCCUCGGAACCGUUACAAGGACAAACCACCCGACUUCGCUUACCUGGCCUCCAAAUACCCAGACUUCCAGCAGCACGUGCACACCAGCCUCACGGGAAGAGCCGUAGUGAAUUUCAAAGAGCCGGAGGCAGUGCGAGCACUGACCUGCACCCUAUUAAAGGAGGACUUUGGUUUGACCAUCGAGAUCCCUCUGGAGCGACUCAUACCCACUGUCCCUUUGCGCCUCAACUACAUCCAUUGGGUGGAGGACCUCACUGAUGGCCAGAAGCAGCCACGCAGGGGCAUCGACAUUGGCACCGGGGCAUCCUGUAUCUACCCCUUGCUGGGAGCCACAAUGAACGGCUGGUACUUCCUUGCCACAGAGGUGGACGACAUCUGCUUUGACUAUGCUACCAAAAAUGUGGAGCAGAACAACCUGUCUGACCUGGUGAAAGUUGUCAAAGUCCCUCAGAAGACUUUAUUGAUGGAUGCCUUGAAAGAAGAAACAGAAAUGGUGUAUGACUUCUGCAUGUGCAACCCUCCUUUUUUUGCCAACCAGCUAGAAGCAAAGGGGGUAAACUCCAGGAACUCGCGGCGGCCUCCUCCCAGUUCUGUGAACACGGGCGGGGUGACAGAGAUCAUGGCAGAGGGAGGAGAACUGGAGUUUGUCAAGAGGAUCAUUCAUGACAGCCUGCAGCUCAAGAAACGCCUUCGGUGGUACAGCUGCAUGUUGGGGAAGAAGUGCAGCCUAGCACCUUUGAAAGAGGAGCUGAGGAAGCAAGGGGUACCUAAAGUGACCCACACUGAGUUCUGCCAGGGCCGGACCAUGCGGUGGGCACUAGCUUGGAGUUUCUAUGAUGAUGUGGUUGUUCCGUCCCCUCCCAGUAAGAAGUGUAAACUAGAGAAGGCACGGAAACCCCUUUCGUUCACACUGCCAGAGGCGGGACUGAAGGAGCUCCAAGCUAAGGCCUCAGCUUUAGGAUGUACAGGCCACAGCCCUGUGGACAGCAUCACUGCUCUGGUAGAGAAGACACUCACUGAUCUGCGGGUGCUGCACAAACGGGUCCCUUGCAAAAAGCAGGAGCAGAGCCUCUUUCUGACAGCUGUGGAGAACACCUGGAUCCAUGUACGUCAGAAUAGACGCGAACAGAAGCGUCAGUUGCGAGAGCUUCCCAGGGCGCCGCACUGUGCUGGAACCGCUUCACAAACCACCGUAACCACAGGCGCUCCGGGCACACCCCCAACCUCCCAAAACCAGCCCACCUCUGCACCAAACAUCAGCAGCCAGAACGAGAACGCUGAGACCAAAAGUAAGCCUCCAGAUGAGCCGGUUAAAGAAGUGUCAGAGAGCACGACCGGGGAACAAAAAGAGGUUCUUGAAAAUGUAACGGGUGAGGAUGUGGAUAUGGAGUCCUCCACCUGCACAGAAAUGGGGGAGGAAGCGAAUCCAACGGAAACACCUGCUGCAGCGAGCGAACUGCCCUCCAAACGCCCAGCGAGCCCCGGCGCUGUCAAACACUUCCUGUUUAAGUGUUUGCUGAACGUGAUCCAGGAUCAGAGCGAUGUGGUGAUUGAGAUGCACUGGGUCGAGGGUCUGAACAGAGACCUGAUGAACCAGCUGUGCACUUACCUGAAGAACACACUUUUAAAAUCUGUCGCAAAGUGCUGAUCAGAAAGUCAGGAUCUUUUCCACCCAAAAUGAUUUACGGAACAAUUUGAAGCAUUUAAUUUUAUGACGUCUGUUGGGAAGUUUAUUUUGUAUAGCUUCUGAAACGUUAUUGUGGACUGCGAAGAAAAAAGCAAUUCUGUAUCAGGUGUUCCUUUUUAAGUUCACUUUUAAGGUUUUAUAUUUUAGAGGCACCAGUCCAACAAAUGGUGAUCGAGAACAGAGCUUGCAUGGGCAGAGCUGGAAGAGCUGCUGUUUGCUGAUAAAUUUGUUGGUGUUAAAGUACUGAAUAUCGACCGUACGAUAAACCAGCCAUCAUAUAUGAGGUA